AUUCAAUCAGCUGUUUAAAUACACCCCAAUCAAGUGUACACGUCAAGUUUCUAAAAAAAUGUAGACGAAUUUGUUAUGGAUAGCUAAAAUUACUCUUCUUAUUCAUUUGAUAAUGUUGAUUAAAUCUCCUGUUCAAUUUACUUAUAAAAUCUCUGUAAACUUUUACAAUUAUAAGUUUAUUUUAACAGCAAAAUUAAUGAGUGUAAACAAUGAGUUGGUUUGAUGCAACUGGGUUUGCCAAUUUAGCUAAAACAGCGUUGAAAGGUGCUCAGAAAACAAUCGAUAAAGCUCUAGACAUUAAAGAUGAAGAUCUCAACGCAUCCGAAUCUCAAACAGCUGCUAGCAUCGAUGCGUUCGGAGAUACCUUUUUCAAUGCUUGGGGAGUCGACGAACCAGCCGUCAAAGUAGACGAUAGCUUGGGACCAGUGACGUCACCACCCGCACCCUCUGACGCAGAAGCUAGCGUAGUGACGCAACCCACUGCGUUGCCGAAAAAGCUCACCUCCAGCACCAGUCUGUGGGGGUCGUUCACUGGCUCGUUCUUCGAGAAUCCCAAGAACACGACGGAAGGUGAAAGCAGUAGUAUUAGCAAGGACGCAUCCCCCAGUCGACCAACGAAUCUGGUCACGGAGGGACGGCGAGGGGGCAAAGCGGGAGCAUUCCGCUCCAUAUCGUUGGAGCUGCCUGUCCACAGCAAGGUCAGCGGUGACCAGUCGUCACUACUAUCUCCGGCGAAAGAUGACUCGAAAAAAGCUACGUCGACUGAAACACAAAGUGUCGGCGACACUGCACCAGCUGAUCAACAUCAAAAACGGAAAGAGGCGCAGGAAAGCGUAGGAGAGGAGGAGGGGGCAGAAGAGGAGGCAAGCGAGCGAACAGGGGCUGACGACGGCAGCAGUAUUAGAGACGAGAUCAGGAACUAUCCGGCGGUUGAAGUGGUGAUGAGGGAGCGGAAACCGCGCAACUAUACUAACCGACUGUCGGCCAUAUCGUCCGAGGGUGAUAGAAGAUCGCUAGAAAGCUGCGAAGUGAUCGGCUCGUUGACGCCGGAGUCUGAGCGCACCACUUCCAUAUCGACGUCGUCCUCGGUGGCCCGGUUGAGGCAGAGUGGCUCGUUCGGCUCGGUCGAAGUCCUAACUUCGCCCUCCUCGGUCGAGGUGCUCGGCUCCUCUUCCUCCAACACCACUUCUGUCGAUGACACCAACAAAGAGAGGUAUUCAAGUGACUCCAUUUCGCCGGUGGCAGAGAACGAGGGUGUCGAGGUGAUCCCCGAGUUGAUGGAAGACGAAGAGGAGCCGAGUCUGGCCGAGGACAGCUACACGUCGGCUUCGGAGAGCACACUCAACACCACUGUGCUCGAGUACGGUCACCCAUCCACUGACAGGCGACUCGACAUCAUCAACUGGGACUAUGCGCUCGAGGAUAUGUCGCCCAGGGAUGGUGUUCUGUCAAGGUCGAGCACCACUCUGAUGCAAACCUCAAUGAAUCAAAGCUGUUCAUCAUUGGGUGGCAUCGAACAGGUCCCUCUAUCGCUAUUGGGCAGCGACCUACAAACCACGCCCACUUCCAAACUCAGCGAAUCAGUGAGCGACAUCUUCAGACCAAUUACAGGCGAAGAAACCUGCGGCGUUCUGGAACCUUCCAGCCACAGUGGCAGCUCGGUUACAUUGGUGGCUGAUAAUAUGACUUCAGAGGAGCCACCUAGCAGUGAUUGUGGGAUAGUAGUGCUGCAGCCUAGCGGUGAUAGCAGUAAGCUCCGUUUGCUGCAAUCUAGUGGCGAGAGUGGGAAACUGGCUGGCGAGAGUGAGGCGGGAGUUUUGAAUUCGAGUAGCUGUGAGGAGGGGACGCUGAUGGGGAGUAGCUGUGAGGAGGACGUCCGUAUGCAAGAAUCGACCACUUCCACGUCUAGUUUCAUGAUUAAGAAUAUGAUUGCCGACGCCAUGACUGAGAAAGCUAAGGAGCAGUCGCCGCAGUCUUCAGAAAGAUUGUCAGAUGCCAAAAUAGGUUCCAGUGAGCACACAUCUGGCGAUGAACUGGAAACUGCCACCUCUUCAGACAUUGAAGUUAUAUCUAGUCCGACGCCGAAUGGCGAUAGUAGUAGUGCUGCCUCAAGACAGAGUCCUGCCAAGUUGCAUCACGACAAAACUCCCAAGCCGAGGUUCGGGUCGUGGCUCACCAUGGGAGGUCGCUCAUCGUCCGAGCCCUACGACACUUUCUCAGCUAAACAAAAAGGUAACUUAUAUCAUCAAAUCACAGUCGUUCGCCAUGAAAAUAAGUAUAAUUAUGAUUUAGAUUUUUUACAUGAACAGGCGAAACUUCAUAAGAAAAUCUCAGAAAUGAAAGAAAUAAUCGAAGCCAGGGAGUCAAAACUCUUUGACUUGAGUCGUGCCAAUGCUGAACUUCAAGAAGCCAAUUCCGAUUUAAGAAGUCAACUAGAAUCUCAAGAUGUGAAUCAAAUGAGCGAAGAGUUCAUGCAAAGACUUGCCGCCCUUGAGAGAAAGUUUCAACAAGCGAUAAGGGAGAAGGAAGUUCUAAGGAAGCAGCUUGACCAUGCGAAAGCUGCAGCAGCAGCGUCCGAGCGUGAGGCAGAAUCGGAGAAAGACCAGGUGAUCGCUGAGCUGCGCGAGGAGGGAGAGAAGCUCAGCAAACAGCAGUUGUCUCUCAACAACAUGAUCAAGAAGUUGAGAGCUACCGAAAAGGAUAACCAGAAAUCUAUCAAUUCGCUCAAAGAACAGCUGGAAGAGGCGAACCAAGAGCUGGAACGGGCGAAGAAGUCACUGUCAGCGAAAGAGGAGGUGGAGCGCUCGCAGAUAGAAGCCGUGCACCAACUCACCAAAUCCAACCAGCAGUUGGACAAGUCAGCUGUCAAGCUGCAAGGCCAGGUCGACACUCUCACAUCGUCUAUGGCUGCUAUGCAAAAGGAGCUAGACGAAUCACGUGACCAGUGCCGGCAACUGAGUGAGGAGGCGGCCAAGGCGGUGAGGAGUGCAGAGGACGGCGUGAGGAGGCGACUGGAGGAGGAGUUGGAGACCGCCUCAGGUCAGCAACAUCAACUCGAGGCAACCAUUCACGAGCUCAGAGACAAACUGGGCCAGGCUCUUGAGGCCAAUGUCCAACGCGAGACGGAACUGCGCGAAGAGAACAGCUCGCUACUGCGUCGGUUGGCUGAGGCGGAGUCACGUGGGGAGGAGCAGUCGGACGCGGUGAGCGCCGUGACGCGGCCGCUGCUCAGGCAAAUAGAGGCGCUCACCACCAGUAAUAGUCAGGCGGCUGCCAACUGGGAGAAGGCGGAGCAGGGCUAUCUAAACAACAUCGGCAAUCUGCAGUCGCAACUGUCGCAGCUAGAGGAGAGCGAACGCGCGUCGAGGGAGGAAUGCGCCCGCCUGAGCAGCGCCAAUGCCAACCUGGAGGUGAGGUGCGCCCAGGCGCAACAGGAGAUAGAGAACUUGAAGACCAAGAUAGCAACACUAACCGCGCAGAAUGAGGCUGUCAAGGAGGAGACAUCUAGACAAUAUUCUAGUGAUCCAUUAUGGAUGAAUAUCACUAUGUCUCACCAAAAACAGUAUCAGAAGAAACGUGACUAUUUACAAUGCAAUCUGCAGUCGCAACUGUCGCAGCUAGAGGAGAGCGAACGCGCGUCGAGGGAGGAAUGCGCCCGCCUGAGCAGCGCCAAUGCCAACCUGGAGGUGAGGUGCGCCCAGGCGCAACAGGAGAUAGAGAACUUGAAGACCAAGAUAGCAACACUAACCGCGCAGAAUGAGGCUGUCAAGGAGGAGACAUCUAGGAUGAAAGAGGAGCUGGAGAGUGAGAAGGUGAGACUACAAGGAAGUGUGGAGGAGGCGAAGAGAGAGACAAGAGCUAUGGAACAGCAGCUAGCUGUAGAGCGGGCAGCCGUUGAAGCAGAAAAGAGGAAAAACAAUGUUUUACAUGACGCCCUUAGGACAAGAGGUGCAUCUAACACAUCCCCACAAACGACUUCUCCAAGGUCUUCCCCCACCCUCAGCUUUGGACGCGUUUCUGUGUCUGAGUCAAUGGGCAGUACGGCAUGGCCGACGUUUGGGGAGGAUGCGUUUGAAAGUGCAUCUACAUCGGGGCGACUGGGCUUUGAGAAUGUUCGACCCGAGUACAAUACCUCCUUCAUAGAAAGCCUGCAAGCACAUCUGAAGCUGCGUGAUGGCGAAGUGCAGCAAAUGCAAUGGGAAUUGACGAAACGCGACACUGAACGGGCAGAGCUGCGAGAUGAGUUGGCAGCCAUGACUGCGCGCGCAGAGGAUCAGGGUGCACAGUUGGCAGCACUGGCGACGCAGUACGACGCCCUGCUGCAGAUGUACGGCGAGAAGAUGGAGGAAAGUCAAGAGCUCAGGAUGGACCUGCAAGAUGUCAAGGAUAUGUACAAGGCGCAGAUUGAUCAACUGCUGAAAAAAGAACCGAGCCCCACCUCAUGAUGCAUGGUGUUUUAAACAGCCCCAAAAAUAAUCAGUGUGUGAAAACUGAGUGAAGCACAAACUAGACUUAAGAAGAAUACUACUUGCCUGUGAUAUGUAUAUUAUGUAUUCUGUACAUAACUUCUGUAUACUGUAUUUUGUAUAUAAAUUCGUCAUUCCAUAUUAGAAGUGGUAGGUUAUAGCUAGAUAUUUAUUAUAUUUCGCCUUCAUAAUUAUUUAUAGCAUCAUAUAAUAUUAUUUUAUUUAUUGUUGUUGGCUUUAUCGAUUUUAAAUAAUAUACCAUUCAAAUCUGAAGUGAUUUCUUUCAAUUUGAAUAAAACAAUUUGUUUGUAUGU